UAGCGGAGAAUAAUUAUCGAACAGACAGAAUUGCUAAACGCAUUUCACCUUCCCGGCCAUGAUAGAUCUAACCCUACGUAGUUCACUGUUUGGUGUUCUGUUGAUGUACAGUCUGACUGUAGUAACUGUCAAUGGAAAUGGUGCCAAAAUUGUUGGAGGACAAAAAGCGGAGGAGCAUAUUCCAUAUCAAGUAUCUCUGCAACAUUGGACCAAAUCCAGCAAGACCGGGCAGCUAGCAUGGGUGCCCAUUUGCGGAGGCGCUAUUAUUUCCAAGAAAUCUGUGUUAACGGUUGUGCAUUGCCUACAUAAACACGAGCCUGCCAAUCUUUCGGUGGUAGUCGGAACGAACGACCUUCGCAAUAAUGGAAGCAAAGGAACGCGGCAUAUGGUUUCCAGGACAUUAAUUCAUUCGGACUUUCUCUCGACGCAAAAGAGUGAAAUCGGAAUAGCCUAUGUUGUAGAAGAUUUCACAUUUGGACCCAAUGUAACAGCAAUUACGUACUCCGACAACCAGGUAGGUGCAGGAGUAGAAUGCACUUUAUCUGGGUGGGGCUACACAACGUCGCAACGGAUCGGUCCAGAGCCACAGGAUUUACAGAAGGUCACGUUGAAAACGAUUAGCAACGCAAAAUGUCGAGAUCUUUGGCCCGAAGUACAUCCUAAGCAGAUUUGUACGUACACAAAAGUUGGAAAAGGUGCUUGUAUGGGUGAUUCUGGUGGUCCGCUAGUUUGUGGCGGCGAGCUUGUGGGAUUAGUAGACUACGGAGCUCAAGUCUGCGCAUUCGGGUUGCCGGAUGUGUACACGCGGGUGUCUAAAUUCAAAGCAUGGAUUGACUUGAAUAAGAAAUCAGCAGUAUGUUAAUAGACUUGAAACACAACGGUCCCUGUAACGAAUCUAAACUUGAAAGGAAAUAAACAAGUUGUUUUGAAAAAUGAUUCAAAAUGCAACAUAUUUCAAUAAAUAAAAAACCGAGAAUUUUAGAAUU